AGAAGACUCUCAGACUCAAGAAACUCAAAUUCUUGGAAACUCACCCAGAACCUCCACCCUCUGACACCAUGGUCAGCUCCUGUUGUGGCUCUGUCUGCUCUGACCAGAGCUGCAGCCGAAGUCUCUGCCAAGAGACCUGCUACCGUCCCAGCUGCUGCCAGACCACCUGCUGCAGGACCACCUGCUACCGCCCCAGCUGUGGUGUGUCCAGCUGCUGCCGCCCCGUCUGCUGCCAGCCCACCUGCCCUCGCCCCACCUGCUGCAUCUCUAGCUGCUCCCGCCCCUCCUGCUGUGUUUCCAGCUGUGGUCCCAGCUGCUACAGGCCGACCGGCUGCAUCUCCAGCUGCUGCAGGCCCCAGUGCUGCCAGCCUGUGUGCUGCCAGCCCACCUGCCCUCGCCCCACCUGCUGCAUCUCUAGCUGCUACCGCCCCUCCAGCUGUGGGUCCAGCUGUGGCUCCAGCUGCUGCAGGCCUACCUGCUGCAUCUCCAGCUGCAGGCCCCGGUGUUGCCAGUCUGUGUGCUGCCAGCCCAGCUGCCCCCGCAUCUCCAGCUGCUGCCGCCCCUCUUGCUGUGGCUCUAGCUGCUGCCGCCCGAGCUGCUGCCUGCGCCCAGUGUGUGGCCGGGUCUCCUGCCACACCACUUGCUAUCGCCCCACCUGUGUCAUCUCCACCUGCCCCCGCCCCGUGUGCUGUCCCUCCUCUUGCUGCUGAAUCUCUGCUUUGAACAUACUGCUUCCUCAUUUCCUCCCUCCCCACAGUUGCAGAGCUUCUUUUUAAAAU